AUGAGCCGGCUUUUAGCUAAGUGGUUGCGGUCUGACGGCCAGGGCCCUCACUACUGUGCGCUAUGCAAGCAGAGCUUCCCCACCGCCGCUACUCUCGACCAACACCGGCGCGACAAGUGGCGAUGCUCUCAGGCCACUGAAUCUGCUGUGCUGGCAGCGAAUGCUGCACAUACUGCCCAUGCCGCUGACGCUGCUGCACACUCUGCCGUUGCUGCACGGUCUGCCAUUGCUGCGCGUUCAGCAAUACUCUCUGUCUCUGCUCCUACCGCUCGUGCCUUUGGCGCUCCAGACUGUUCCGAAACUGCUAGAACGACCCACGCUGCUGCCGGGUCAGUCACUGCAGCAACUACCAGCACUAUUGAAGCUGCUGCUCUGGCACAUCAAGCCUCUCGUGCUGGUACUGAAGCUGCUGUGCUUGGCUCAUCUGCUGCUGGUGGUGAGGGGCGGUGUAGUAAGAAGCUGAGAGGAGAGGGGACCUUGGGGCCUGCUCAGGUGCCUUCAGCUGCAGUAGUGCUUGGCUCGGCUGCUGCUGGUGCUGCUGCUGCUGGUGCUGGUGCUGCUGCUGGUGCUGCUGCUGCUGGUGCUGGUGUUGCUGGUGCUGGUGUUGCUGGUGCUGGUGGUGCUGGUGAGAGAAGGCGUAGUGAGACGCUGCGAGGAGAGGGGUCCUUUGCGCCUGGUCAGGUGAAUUCGACAGCAGCAGUUGCGGCUGCUGCAGCACUGGCGGCGGUGGCUGCACUGGCAGCAGGGAGAGGAGGAAGAGGAGGAGGAGGGGUGGGUGGAGGCGGAAGGGAGGAGGGAGGGGGAGGGGGAGGGAGAGGGAGAGGAGGAGGGGGAAGGGGAGGGGGAGGGGGAGGGGAAGCAUCAGCACUCUCAAUAGCAGCAUUUGCAGCUGCUACAGCUGCUGCGGCGGCGGCUGCUAGAAGGGUAGGCGAGCAGGCAGGGGGGGGCAUGGGAGAAGUGAGAGGGGAGGGGUUCGGAAAGGUGUGGAGAGGGUUAGAAGGGGCGAGGUUUGGGAGAGGGUGGGAAGGAUUGGGAGAGGAGAGGCAGGCGGUAGGUAGGAGUGACUCCAGAGGCAGUGAUUCCUUCUGGCACCAACUCUCAGCAAGAGAACACUCAGGAGCAGGAGCAAAUGUGAAUAUAAAGCGAGAAUGCGACUCUGCCCGCCUACCUGCCCCCAGCACUGGGAUUGCAGCUGGCAGGGAAGAAGACCAAACGAGCUCUGCAAGUGCUGCUUCUCCUCCAAGUCUCACCACUCAACCACCUGUAUCAUCGCUCAACGCUCUUAACACACUCACGUUAUCACUGCUGGAUGCCGAAUCGCUCAUCCCCAGGCUUCCUUCUGUCACACCCUCCACCAUCCUUGCCGCCCAUCUCCUCUCUUUGGCGUCACACCAGACAACUGCUGCCGCCCGGCGCCUCCAACAGCCAGCAGCAGGAUCCGAGACAUCACAAAUCACAGCUGCUGCUAUUCAGCAAUACAAACAGCUAUUAGCAGCUGCUGCUACUGAGCGCCAAAUCCCUUCCAUAUCUUCUCCUUCCACACAUUCCCCCCACACGGCCCUUCGCUUUGACCUCCUGCGAUCUCUACUAGAUCUAAACGCAUCUCGUCCGUCCCUUUCUUCCGAACCUUCACACACUGCAGGUUCGGAACGGCACGUUCCAACCCAGAUGCCUUCUGAACCUGAUCAUAACUUGGCACAAAGAAGCAUUCCGGACUUACAGCUGCGGGGGCAGGAGAUUUCCCAGGCUGUUCUGCUGGCGCUUCUGGCGCAGGUGAAGUCUCAGGAGAUUUCCCAGGGCCGUGAGGCCUCUCAUGAGAAGCACAACCAGCAGCAGCAGCAGCAGCAGCAGCAGCAGCAACAACAAGAACAACAAAUUCAGCAGCAUGUGAAGCAGCAUCACAUGGGUCCUUCUAUUGGUCAUGCUAUGGGAUGUCCUAUGGGACACCCUUUGGGUGAUCCCACACAGUUGCCCAAUGAGUCACAGCGAGCUGCCCUGAGGAGAAGUGCGAGUGUGGGGGGAGAGGACCAGAAUUAUGGCCGUGCUGGUAUGAUUGGUGAUUCAGAUGAUGCAUCUGCGGGAGAGCAGCAUAAGCUGGGCCCUUCUAUUGGUUAUCUUAUGGGUUAUCGUCUGGUUGAUCCCUCACAUAUGCACGAGGAGUCACAGGAAGCUGCCCUGAGGAGAGGUGCAAGUGUGGGGGGAGGGGACUGUAGGGAUGGCCGUGCCGGUGUGUCUGCUGCGGCUGCUACGAGUGAUGCUGGUAUGGAUGGUAUGGGUGGUGUGGGUGGCAUGGAUGGUCGGGAUGGUGGGGAUUGGGUGGAUGGUGGGGAUGGUGGGGAUGGUGUGGCUGGUACACAUGCUAUGGAGGCUCGUGUUGGCAUGGCUGGUCGUUCUGCUAUGGCUGCUGUGGUAGGUGCAGGUGGCUCUGGGCGAGUGAGCACGGGAGCUAAUGUGGGAAGCGGUAGUGUGGGGAGCGGUGGAGUGGGAAGCGGUGGUGUUGGGAGUGGUGGAGUGGGGAGCGGAGGUGUGGGGAGUGGAGGCGUGGGCAGCGGUGGUGUGCAAAGGGAUAGAGUGGCGAUCAACUUAAUGUGGGGCAGGAGUGCCACUAAUGGGAGUGACAGCAUUGAAUGGCGGGAUGCUGUUCUUGAGGGUAGAGCCCUUGAGGGUGGAGCUUCGGCGGGUGCAGCUUCGGGGAGUGCAGCUUCGGGAAUUGGAGCUUCGGGGAGUGGAUUCCUGGGAGGUGGAGCUGUAGAUGGGGGGCCUUUGCAGUCCGGCGCUGCUGCUGGCGCAGGCAGCAGCCCUCACGGAUGGCACACGGCCCCGUCCGGGCCGUCCCCCAGGAAACGCCCCAGGGAUGUUGCAGGCAUGUCGGACGACCGGCUAGGUGCGGUUCCCUUGGGGGGGAGUGCCACAGGGUUUGUUCCCACUGCUCGUGCUGCCACAGUGAAGCAGGAGGGGGCGGUGGCAGGGGCAGGGCUAUGGGAGAGUGGAUCAAGCCAGCAGCACCCGGCGCCUGCACCGCUGUCCCCCUUAAUUCCAUCUGCACACCCUGCUGGUGGUGGUGCAGCGGAAGGGAAACAGGAGCAGGAGGAGGCAGCAGCAGGGCUAAGAGAGAGUGGACUGAUCCAGCAGCACCAGGCACAAGCGCCACUGCCCUCCUUGCUUCGUCCACAGGCACAGGCACAGGCACAGGCACAGGCACAGGUUCAAUUGACAGGCCCUAGCAGUGCUGGCACUCGUGCGGGUGCAGAAAUGCAGCAGGAGCAGGGGGGUUCAGGGGAAAGCCCACGGGGCAUUGGAAAUUUCCAGCAGCAGCAGCAGCAGCAGCAGAAGCCGAUGUCGCCCCCAACCAUUGAGAGCGGGAGAGGUCAGUGGAACCCAGUGGCGCUCUUGUCCCCUGAGAGUGCUAAGAGUCACCACUGGCAGCAACAACUUUCUUUUUCCCCUAAGAGUGGGAAUUAUUACCAGCAGCACCAGCCGUCACGUUCUCCUGAAAGUGAGUGUGAAAAGGGCUUCCGGUACCAGCCGUCGUUCUCGCCUGACUUGAGCUCUUUCCAGCGCAUCUCCCUCGUCAGCCCGCCUCGCUCCUCCGCCAUUCCCCCUCCCCCCUCCAGUUCUCCCCCUUCCAACACUCCUCACCCGAACGUGCUACCCCCUUCCACCAUGCCUCCCACUUCCGCCAUGUCUCCCCCUUCCACCAUGCCUCCUGGCUCCCUUGUGCCUCCUCCCUCUGACGUCCCUCCUCUAAGCAAAAACGCGGGCACAGAAGCAGCGCCAGCAGGCGCAGCAAGUGCUGCAGGAGCAGCAGGAGAAGAAUGGAAGAACACAGGAGCCGCUGCAGGAGGUCCAGGGGCACUUGCAAGAGCAGCAGCAGAUUCAGCAGCAGUAGCUGUGGGACGAAACGCAGAAGCAGGGGUGGGUGACACAGCCAAGGAAGGGCGUUCUCCACUCCAAGACUACAGGUUGUCGGACUUUAGCGAGUCUCACUCUACAUCGGUGCUGCUUUGGGGCGUGGAUCUCAGCCGUGAUACCUAA